GUCAAGUCAUGUUUAGGUGCAACCAACACCCACUUUCUCUUUUAAACACAGGGCACACGUUUCGCUCCUCCGUUCAGUGAAUACUCUUUAUUUCUAAGAAAAGGGGAGAGGGUAGUGUGUUUGGGUUAGCACUGCGGCCAGAGCAAUGAGCUCCUUCUUUGUUCCAAGGAUGAAUCGUGGUUUUGUCCAGAUUCUCAUUUUCUGGUUCAUCCCAGCAGUCUGCGAUUCUGCCAUUAUAACGCUAGAGACCAAACCCCAUGUGGAAGCAACAUGUGGAGAAAAUGUUACCCUGACCUGUAAAGCAAGCUUUUCAAACCAGGAGAAUGUAAAGAUAAUUAAGUUUCAGUGGCUGCAUGCAGGCAGAAAUAUGUGUGCGAAUGAAGACAAGGACACUGAUGAUCUGUUUCGGUGUGGGAGGACAAACACAAAUUCCCAUCAUGAACUCACUCUGAUUCUCACCAAAAUAAAGCCGAUCCAAGAGGGACAAUACCUCUGCAAGAUCCACACCAGCGUGGGAGUAGAAAAUAUCAAAGCUAAUGUUGUUACUAAAGAUUGCAUAGGAAAUUCUACCACCUCCAUGAACCAGACUCAUGCCACCUGCUCAUUCAGGGGAAAUUACCCCAGCGGCGUGGUCCACUGGUUCCAAGGAGACGUCAACAUAACAGACGGGGUCAGCACACAAGCAGAGAGAGACGAGGACGGGUUUUAUGAUUUCCAAAGUACAUUAGAUACGGAGGGGAGAAACCUGAGCCAGCCUCUUAGCUGCUCGCUGUGGAUGCCCUCCAUGGGCAAGUACGUCGUCAACUUGAGAUCCAACGCACUAAGUUCAUCAGGGAGUAUCAUCCAACUGCAGUGGGUCUGUGUUCUGCUAGAGAUCAUAAUGAUGAGUUACCGGAUGUAACAAAACUGCCACAAAAUCAAAACAAGUCACAGACUUAUUCUGGCUUAUGCAAGUAAUAUUUUGUGUUUUAACAAACCUGAACCGGUGACUGAAAUGCGUUCAGUGACGGGGUAAGUUUUGUGAAUCAUAUUUUGCUUUCUCAGAAGGUAAUAAAGGAGCAUCCACUGAUGAGCAAAUCUGACACUGGAAAGGAGGACUUUCAGGCCUGCAUUUUAAGAAUAAACACAUUUCUCCAGAAGCCAUUUUAGGAUGCCCACUUUUUAGGACACAUUUGAAAUCACAUUUCAUGCUCGGUCUUCUUUUACUGACAGUUUUAUGCUCACUCUGACCUGGUGGCAGUCAGACAGACUCAACUGCCAUCCCCCAGUUCUCUCCAUCUGAACAGCAUCAGCAGGGCACGGAUGGAUUUGAACUCUUAGCCAAAAGGAGGCAGCAUUUCCAUUCAACAGUAACUUGUAAUAUUGCUGCCUUUGUAGAAUAGGGCUUUGUUUAGCGUUAAAAUGGAAGGUUUAUAAUUAUUUUGCUAUUUUGCUGCUUUUAUUUGUAUGUUAAAGGACACUGCUAUAUUAGCAUGAAUGUAUUUUCAUUUGUCACCUUAUUAUGUAUCAAUAAGAAGUUUGAAGUGUAUGAUUUUAAGUUUCCUUUGUAAAUACGCAGCAUCAAAGUGUGAAUACUAAGAAAUAAAAUCUUUAUGAAGCUUGUGGUACUGAGGAAUGCCAACUGCUUCUGUGUUUGGACGGAUAAAGCCCUUAUUAUACCCAAUAUACUCAAUCAUCGUCUUAAGUGGUGAUUCAUGCUGACUGUGUGAAAUGGGAGAUUUUGACAUGCUGUUAUCUUUAUUUAAAGGAUCGACAUCAGGGUUUGCAGAAACAAGAAAGAGAACAUGGGGGGAACAGUCUGAUGAGUCAAGCUCUCAAGCAACAACAUGUUCAAGCAUUACAUUGCAAAGUAGCUCUCGCUCAGACUGGCCAGGGUUACAAAAGUGGAGAUAAGCAUUGUGAUUUCCCAAACAAAAAAAGGAAAAGAAAAGAGUUUUCAUGCAUUGAUAUUGAAUUUUAAAUGUUACCGUAUACUUAA